GCAGGACGGCACGUGAUCAUUAAUGUCUCCAGCGCCUGGGCAGUGCUGUGACUGGUCCCUCAAUGAAUGCGGGAGAAUUAGAAGACACUGUGAGAGAAAAUGGAGUUAAUCUGAACUGGGUGGCUUUAAACAUAGAUAACAAGGUGUAGAGCUGGAUGAACACAGCAGGCUAAGCAGCAUCAUAGGAGCAGGAAGGCUGACGUUUCGGGCCUAGACCUUUAAACGUACCCCGUGAUAUUAAUUGAGAGGAAUUUGCAGACCGGGAUCUCAAAACAAUUUGAUAAUCAGCAGAGUCAUCAGGAUCUGAAUAUCGUUGGCAUUUAACUGUUGAAGUUGAGUUGCAAUCAGGAAGAGACUUAAAACGAAACUACAUCCAGAUCUGACAGUCACUCUGUUUACAUAACCUAAUCAUCUCAGGAUUUUGAACGUCCAGGGAAAAAGCACUGUUCACACUAAGAAACACAUAUCGUCUGUGUGUGGAAAAGUCUGUGAAGAUUCAUCUGAAAUGUCCAAACGCCAGCACAGUCACCCUGGGGAGAGACUAUGGAAAUGUGGGGAUUGUGGGAAGGGAUUUCUUUACCCAUGCGAGCUGAAAACUCACCAACGCAGCCACACUGGGGAGAAGCCAUUCACCUGCUCUGAUUGUGGGAUAGCAUUUACUCGGUCAUCCAAUUUGCGGAUACACCAGCGGGUUCACACUGGAGAGAGGCCUUUCACCUGCUCAGUUUGUGGGAAAGCAUUCGCUCAGUCAGCCAGCCUGCUGAUACACCAGCGAGUUCACACUGGGGAGAGACCAUUUACCUGUUCUCAGUGUGGGAAAGGAUUCACUCGCUGUUCUAAACUACUGGAACACCAGCGUGUUCACAAUGGAGAGAGACCAUUCACCUGCUCUGAUUGUGGGAAAAGAUUCACUCACUCAUCUAAACUACUGGAACACCGGGUAAUUCACACUGGAGAGAGACCAUUCACCUGCUCUGCUUGUGGGAAAGGAUUCACUCGGUCAUCUAACCUGCAGAUACACCAGCGAGUUCACACCGGGGAGAGACCGUUCAGCUGCUCCAUGUGUGGGAAGGCAUUCACUCGAUCAUCCAAACUGCUGGAACACCAGCGAGUUCACACUGGAGAGAGACCAUUCGCCUGCCCAGUGUGUGGGAAACGAUUCACUCAGUCAUCCAGCCUGCGGAUACACCAGCGAGUACACACUGGGGAGAGAGCAUUCGCAUGCUCCAUGUGUGGGAAGGGAUUCACUCACUUAUCUAAACUGCUGGAACACCGACAAGUUCACACUGGGGAGAGACCAUUCACCUGCUCAAUGUGUGGGAAAGCUUUCGCUCAGUCAGCCAGCCUGCGGAUACACCAGCGAGUACACACUGGGGAGAGAGCAUUCACCCAUUCUGAAUGUGGAAAAGCAUUUGUUUGCCCGUCUGAACUGCUGGAACACCAAGGAGCUCACACUGGGAAGAAACCAUUCACUUGUUCUGAAUGUGGAAAAGGAUUUACUCACUCAUGUCGACUGCUGGAACACCAGCGACUUCACACUGGAGAGAGACCAUUCAUCUGUACUGAAUGUGGAAAAGGAUUUAAUCGCUCCUCUAAUCUGCUGCGACAUCAGCGAGUUCACACUGGGGAGAGACCAUUCGCCUGUUCUGAAUGUGGAAAAGCGUUCAAUUGCUCAUCUAAACUGCUGAAACACCAGCGAGUUCAUACUGGGGAGAGACCAUUUCCCUGUUCUGAAUGUGGAAAAGCAUUCAAUUGCUCAUCUAAACUGCUGAUACACCAGAGAGUACAUACUGGAGAGAAACCAUUCACCUGCUCCGAUUGUGGGAAGGGAUUUACUCAAUCGUCCAACCUGCUGAGACACCAGCGAGUUCACACUGGGGAGAAACCAUUCACCUGCUCUGAUUGUGGGAAAGCGUUCGCUCAGUCAACAAUCCUGCUAAUACACCAGCGAAUUCACAUGAGCGAGAAACCAUUCAAUUGCUCCAAUUGUGGCAAGGGAUUUACUCAAUUAUCUGACCUGCGCAGACACGAUCGAGUUCAUGCUGGGGAGAAGCAUUCACUCAGUUAACUCACCUGCUGAUACACCAGCCUAUUCACUCUGUGGAGAGACUUUUCGCUUGUUCUGUCCAUGGGAAGGAAUUUCAAACUGUUAGCACACCAGUGAAAUGACAAUGGAUGGAUCCCGUUCACCUGCUCUGUUUGUGAAAAAAGGCUUUGCUCUUUGUUAACACACCAGCAAAUUCACAAAGAACCACUGGUGAAGGGUUUUGCUCUUACUCACACCAAGAAAGGAACCUUGGUCACUGGGCUGUUGUAUUGAUGUUAUUAGACCUUGCUGUGUUAAAGGUGCCGAUACAGAGAAUAAAAUGUUGAUACAUUGUGUAUCGGUAGGAUAGGUUUUGAAAAUAUCACAAUGUCAAUGUUUAUGAACACAUUAACGUUGGAUAAAGAGUGUCCACCUGCACAUUGUUUGUAAAGUGAUUUUGUGGCUCAUCAGGAUUGGUUAAACAACAAUGAGUUCUCAGUAACUGUCAGCGUUGCAUUUUGAUGCGAUUGUUAUCUAUGUCCAAACCGUGCUUUCUGGCCCUAUUUAUGAUGUUUGCAAACACCACAGGUUCAGUUACCUACUUAGAAUAAAAAUAAUACAAAUGAGCUUUUUGUUCA